ACGACGACGACGCACGGGCGUAACGUCGUGGUGUGUGUCACCGAACCCGUUCGCGUCCCUCUCGCGCCCGAGAAUCUCCGCCGGACGCAGGCCGUCGCGGGAUCGCGACAGGCGUUCCCCUCCCCCCUGGCCCGUGCCCCCGCGUGUACGUGCGUGUCUGAUUUGUCCUCCGUGUGUGCGUGUGCGUGCGUGUGUUGUGUGCCUGGUGUGUCGGUCGCGCUCCUCGCCGUUCGCCGCAUUCGCGAGAUCGCCUCGUUACGGUCCCGUGCACACCUCGACGCCCGUCCGAGGAACACCUUGUCGGGAGGGCGGGAGCGAGACGAAAGAGCAGGCCGAAACGAAAAGAGAGGCCGGAGACGGACGGACAGAGAGAGAGAGAGAGAGACAGGGGAAGGGAAAAGAGAAGGAAAGAGGGAGACAGAAGCGCCCUGGCCGCUCGCGAAGGAUCGUCCUGCACGACGUUCCCUCCUGUCACUUUCGUGCCGAGGCCGAUACGGAUCGCGCGGCGGCGUCGUCCCGACCGAUGCCCCGUCGACGGAUUCAGCCCGAUAGCGGUCGUCGUGCGGCCGUGCUGUGCGUUCGUUGUUAGUGCAUCAUGUGAUUGCUUCCACGGGGUACUGUCUUCGCCACGGUGACGGAUACUCAGCCAGCGUGAAGGAUGCAGGAACUGGCAUUCCCGCGCCGAAAAGGGAUCCUCGCCCCGGUAUCGGUGUUGGUGCUGCUGAUACUACCAUUGGUCGAUUUACCCUCAGCAAACGGAGCUUGUGAGUUUCCAUCGAAUUGGUCGGGAGAAUGGUAUCUGUAUGGCAAGAACGGAGUCUUCAUAAACACGACCGUUCUCGGGGAUCGAACAUGCGUCGAAAGAACGGACGACAAAUACGUCGUCUAUUUCAGCGGCGAAAACUGUUAUCACUGUAUGAUCAUCAACGGGCGCCAUGAGAACGUUAUUCAGUAUCGCGAAGGCGGCUGGUGCAGCCAGGAGCGAACGAGUUUGGAAGAGAUGUGCGCGAUGAUUACCUCGGACGAUCCGCUCAUUUCGAUGUUCCGCGCGAACUCGAAACCGAUAUCUUGCCCAUUCAACGGGGCAUCGUUCACAUUCACGUACAAUCGGGGUUCCGGCGAGUGUGCCAUGCCUAUAAGCCUCGCGGAGAAGUGUACUGACGAGAGCAAGCUCCUCCUCAAAUACCAGGCCUGCCCGGAUGUCACGGGGACCGAGAGUAACACCGAGGAACUACAAUGCCUUGCCAGUUGGAACGACGGUCGAAAUAAGUAUUUGGUGGGAACCUUGAAAGAGAGGAACGCACUGGGUGAUGCUAAAAUCUACAGGUGUUUCCUGUACGAAGAAAAGUCUCAUCAUCAGGGGAAGAUGAUUUAUUUACUUGCGCAGUCCGGCGACUCGACUUGCAACGGCCUAACCACAGUUUCCGAGGGUUCACCCACCAUAAAACUUAUUAAAGUCGACAAAGAGCACAGUAGGUGCAAAUAUCCGGCCUGGGUAACUCAACACCAUGACUGGCACUCUCUCAAUGGUACGAGGAGCUAUCACUUUACGAACAAGAACGCCACGCUGAGAGUGAAGAUGCAAGCGCAGAACACCGACGGCGAAACCGUCCAUGAGGAAAAAAUCGUUUGUCAUAAUCUGGAGAAGUCAUACCCGAACGACAACAUGCAAGGGAAUAAAGUGAAAUUGGUUGCACACGUCACCAGCGGCUGCGAUAUUGGUUACGUUUGCAUGAUAUUCCACAAAAGGGACAGUCAUAUCAUCGAGAUACAGCAGUCAGAUCAAAAAGCGAUUAUGCCAGACGAAGCGUGCUCAAUCUCGGAUCCCUCCACGAUGCCGUAUACGACCUUAAUAACCACGUUCUUGCAUCAGAGAAGAUGUCCUAAUUCAGGACGUUACGAGAUUCUGGAUUUUGCCCCGUCGCACGCGUUGUCGGCCGUCGUGUCGAGACGGCAGCAACGUAGCGAGCAGUCAAGAAUGACCAAGAGGCGGACUUGGCCGGAGAACAUCGACGACGUGGAAUGCAGAAGUACGGACGUUCAAGUAGGCUGCACCUCGCCGGAUCAAGCCGAAAUAACAAUCGGCAAUACGUGCGAACAUGAGAAGAUUGCCUAUUCUUGUCACGGCAGCUGGGAAGAGAAAGGAAUGUGGUAUACGAUAGCGUCGCAACGGAAUUCCGAAAUUCCCGGCGGUCCGGGACAAACGUUUUGUUUUUCCAUGCUUCUCGAAGGCGUGAGAGACCGAGGCGGUAGGCAGAAGCAGCAGGAAAAAGAGUUAUGGCUGUCGAGGCCAUCGCGUACUUGUCGCGAAAGAGACGCCAAGGAUGAAUGGACGUACAGACUGUCCAAUCAAGGAGUUUGCGAGGACGUGAUGAAGGCUUCAAACGCGGCGUCUGCUCCGUCGUUGUCCCAGCUUCUCUUUAUCUUACAUAUAGCAGCUUACGCCGCUAUUAAUACGCUAUGCGUAUUACUCUCGAGAUGAUCUGCAGCUAUUAUGUAAGACUGUCAAAGUACUGUAAUUUCCAGCACGAAUUCUCAGGUAUUGCGUGUUUCUGGAAGUGUAUAUAGCUCAAGCAGUUUGAUAGCGAUUGACCGAUCGACGAGCUGUCAAUGCGUUAGUAAGAGUGGAAAUGUGCAGCUAUAUUAAUUGCAGCCGACAAUAUUAAUUUCCGUUUCGUUGCCUAAUUACGUAAAUCGGUGAUUACGAUUGUUCGCCAUUGAAAAACAAAGCGAUUUAUACACGUUCGCCAAAAAUUAUUUUUUUAUACAUACAAUAUUUAUUGCAAUUUAUCGCAGACUAGUAUUCUAAACGAGUGACCAAACUCUAGACUACUAGUGUUUCUGAUACAACGUUCUCAGAUAGCAAAAUGCCAGCUGUAUGCCAGCAAUUGCCAGUUGUAAACAUAAUUUUAGAGUAGAUUUCUAUCUACUUUAAGCUUGAUUUCUAUCUCAUUACGACUUGCUAGCCAUAAUAUAACAACAAAAGUGCAGCAGGAAUGGUAGGACCUUGACAUGAUGUCUAAUGCAAAGCCUUUUUUUCUUAUAUUUCUACCGAUAUUAAAGAAACAAUAGACUUACACUCGACUGUUGCUGGAGUUCUACUAAUAUUAUAUGCAACAUAUAGUUGGCAAUACAUGCUGUAAGCAGAUUUGGCUAUCUGAGUUUAUUAGCCAUGUACUGCCUGAAUUGUUGAUUAAUUACUCACAAUAGUUCUCAAUAUGUUGAUAAUUUUUUAUUGCUCAUACAUUUUUCAUUUCUAUGCGAAAGAGAACCGAGAUGAUGUUGCAUAUUCAGGACUAGGCAAAGACACCGUAGAUAUGUAUUUCAAAUACAAAAAAUAUUCUGUGAAAACUAUAUAUAUAUAUAUAUUUCAAAUAUAAAAUACUGUUGAAAUGUGGUUAAAAAGAUACAAAUGAUAUUCUUGAAAGAAAUUUGCUUCAGGAUGUAAGGUAACGAAAUAGUAUCUCGUAUUUCAAACAUUUACGCCACACGUGUAUUUGUAGUAUUCCAAAUACGUGUAUAUGGGAGCAACCGGGAGUAUCAAUUUACGCAAGACCCUCGACAGAAAAUUUUUGUUGCAUAUUACAUAUCGACUCUCUCGAGACGGCAACUAGGGAGCGAUCGAUUAAGCCUAUUUAGAACUUGAUCGGUUCAACCGUUAUCGAGAUCCGAUAAUCUCGAAUAAACUCGCUGACUCACAUAUAGAUAUACACGGCUUAGUCUUGGGGAGUUUAUACUUGACAUCCAAGACACUACCGUGUCCUCUGACUUCUGUAAUUCUCGGCAUUGCCCUCGCCUCAUAAGACCAGUUGUUUCCAGAUCAAAAGCUACAAACGUUUGAAUCUCCAUUCAACUUAUUCACAUGUCGAUCUUCUCUUCUAUGCUCUAUGCUUUAUUAUUAUCCUGUGAUGAAUUAUUAUCUUGUGGGGUAUCCAGUGAAUACCCUUUCGUUGAAGAUAAUGCCUGUUAAGUAUCUAACGUGCAACGUUUCAUGCAGUCAAGCUUUCACGUGACUGUACAAAGGUUUCGUCUUUCACACACUGAAUCCUUCGUACUUUACGUAACACACGUAUUUGGAAUACUAUCUAGUCCUGAUAUAAUACUUCUGAAAUUACAAAGAUGUAAUUUACGGGACAGCCUCGAAUCACGACCACUUCAGAGUAUUUUAUACUCGAAGACUCAUGUACAUUAUUAAGUACCAUCGCGCUACUGUAAAUACGACCAGGGUAUAAGUAAUCGAGAUUUCAAUUGGAUUAUUUUCGAGUAAAGAUUGGGAGAUAUUGCUAUAAUUAUUAAUGUAAUUAACAGUUCGACAGGUUGAAUUCAUACUCGGAUCUAACGUAAUACGUAGAACAUAGGUUUUAUCUUUUAGCUAGUAUAUACAAGUUGUACAUAAUACAAUUGAGAUAUUGUAUAAAGACUGUUUCUAAAAGAGUAUAACACUUAUACCGCUCA